AUGGAUUGCAUUGCAAGGAUUUAAGUAAUUUCUCUCUGGUCUGAGCUCCUUCUAUCUUCUUCUUCUUCCUGACGCUUUUUUGACACGGUCUGUUCAAUCGAGGCAACAAGCGCUUACUCAAUUAAAUUUGAAGCGAUGUGAUCCUCUUGGACGAAAAUAAAAACCUCUUAUAAAAUCUACGCUAUCCAUCUGACCUUAUAUUCCAAAACAAACCACAUCCAAGCAAACUAAUCAAGGAACCUAGAGCGUCUGGUGUCUCUGUCGCCCAUGUCAAAGCACGCAGCAAGGGGGUGGGUUACGCCAUCCUCUUACUCCACGUUACAACCUACUCUAUCAAAGACAAACAUUCCAAUCUUCAACAGUACUGCCGCUACUAUCUCCACCAUUAAAGCUGUAAAACUGAGCACCCAAGAAAUUCCAGCAUCUCGUUGCAGAGCGAGGAGAAGACCAGUGAGAUACGAGGAUGAAGACGAGGAUGAUAGAGAAGAAGAAUAUGGAUAUAAUCUGGAGAUUGCAAUGUUGGAAUUUUACAGUCAGUCAGCAAUAGGCGAAGCCCUUCUUGUGCGUGCGGUUGUAGAUGAACAGGAAGUAGAGGUGCUCAUCUUUAAGGGAUUCUCUUCAUGCCUUAGCUACGGGACUUCACCAGAUCCAUCAAGAAGUGUUCUUCCAGCAAGGGCAGUGAUAAAAUCCAUAGACAGAAUCAAAGGUCCUUUCAACCCCUCUAAUAUAGAGUAUCUAGAGAAGGACCUAACAUGGGAAGCCUUCAAGAGCCGUCUUUCUCCUAAAUGACAUUUUGGAAAGUAUUUUAGAAUUUCUCAUUUUCAUAAUGGGCCAUCCUGAAACCGCAUCAUCCAUUUAAGAAAAUUAUCAGUUUGACAAUUAAUUUCGUGGGCACGAGGAAAGUGGAAUCCAUAUCCGGUCGAUGAUCUCAACAUUUUGUUUAAUCCUGAUUCAACGCUCUCACCCUUGAUCAGAUUUCUUUAAUUUGUUUGGGAAAAAAUGCACUGUUAGGUGACAAAAUGGGUUGAUUUAUGCUAGAGUCUUCCAUCAUAUGAUCUUUGAGCAUUGGCAGACAAUUCAUUAACAUGGGAACAAAGAAAAUUAAUGUGGCAUUCAUUUUUCUAUAUUAUACAUAUAUAUCCUCUGCUAGCAUUACGUCGAAAACAGAGAAAUAUAGAGUGAAACAGAUCAGAGAUAUGGAGGAGGAGACAGAGUAACACUACGUGGAAUGUGGGCUGGUAAUUACUGUAAGAAGGUGGAAAUGGCUCUCAAAAUUAAAGGCAUGCCUUAUGAGGACGAGGAAGAGGAGUUAAGGAACAAGAGUCCAUUGCUCCUUCAGUAAACUCCUGUUUUCAAGAGAGUGCCUGUAAUAAUUCAUAAUGGGAAACCUGUGAUCGAGCCCCUUGUUAUACUGGGAAUAUACCGACGAGACCCGGAAAAAUACAUCAAGGCUUCGGCCCGUUGAUCCUUAUCAAGGAGCCAAAGUCCGCUUCUGGGUUAGUUUUAUCCAAUAACAGUCCAUGGGUAAGGUUAUCAUGAGCGAUGAAGAAGCACAAGAAAAGGCAGUAGAGGAAGUGCAGGAGAAAAUGAAAGUAUCGGAGGAGGGCAUUAAGGAAUUCUCUGCGGAGGACAUUCGGACCAGUGAUGGUAAAAAACUGGGAUUCAUGGACGUUCUGGUGGGUACAACAUUUAGCACCUACAAAGUUUAUGAGGGAGUCCUCGGUGUCAAAGUUCUUGAGCCAAAAAAGAAUCCUCUGAUAUACACACGGGUGACAAAUUUGCAUGAGC